AGUGGCCCAGUCAACAAUCACCUUUCAGUCCUCUCCUGGGGUUCAUCUCACAGUCUUCAGUAUGGCUACCAAGAUGGUCAUCCAGCAGCCAAGGCCAAUUGCAGUGACAGCUGCCUCGGACCAGUGGACCACCAGCAUCUGCGAGUGUGAUAGCGUCAACGAAUGCUGUUUCUCGGUGUGGUGCUUUCCUUGCUUCGCCUGCAUCGUAGCUCGAGACCAUGGACAAUGUCUCUGCCUCCCUCUGCUGGAUAUGUUCGGCCUCAUCCCACCGGCCACACUAUCCAUGAGGGUGGCAACACGCAAACGCUAUGGGAUUACGGACACUAUUUGCAACGACUGCGUGUAUGCUUUCUUCUGUGGCCCGUGCAGCUGGUGUCAAAUCAGGAGGGAGUUGAAGGCCAGACUUCAUCCUGUUACCCUGCUGAACAACAGGCCAAUGGGCUAAAGACCCACAUCAUCAUCAUCAUCUCAUCAUUAUCCUUACUGUCAUCAUUACCAUCAUCAGCAAGUGAAGUCCGCAUCUCUACCUAGCAACACAUAUGCCUUGUUCCACAACUAAUCAUGAAUGUUUGUGUAUCCUGGUGAAAUCUAGAGUCUCAAAUACCACUCCCUCCCAUACAAACUGAACCAAAAGUUCAGUUUAUUUUCUUUCAGUCAGAUAAGAGAGUGGCAUGCUGUCUAAUCACUGUUUGGCAUCAGCUCCAGGAGUGAUGAGGAAUGCAGCUCACAUAUAAUAGAUCAGAUAACAACUUUCUCCAUGUAUAGAAAUGUUACAUGUUAAUGCAUUUAUUACAGCGAUGUUUAAAAAGGCUAUUACAAAAUUCAGUUGAAGACUACUUUAAAUAUGGUACAUUUCACUAGGAUUUUAUUCUUAAUAUUUUUUUUUAAAUGUAAUGAUGAUUACAUACUUACCAUACUUACUAUACUGUUAUCACAUACACGUACUCAUAUUUUAAGGCAUGUCUGCCUCACUCUCAUCACUGAAAGCAUGUAAGGAAAUAAUAACAGAAUUGUGUGUAUAAAGAUUCAAAUGAAGUUGUGCUUCAAUUGAUGUAAAUGUGUGCUUUUGAAGUAAU